CAUCUUUCUGAGCGGAUGCAUAACGAGACAGAUGGUUUCUUUACGCUUUCCCGUUUUGUGCUGACCGAAACUGUUGUUGUUUAAGAAAAUUCUUCCCAGUGCUACCGGUUUUGGCUUUUUUUUUGGAUGCGCCAUGCAGUCUCGUUGGUGGAGUUGUGGCAUUCGGCUGGUGGCAUGGACAUGGGUUUGGAGCCUGGCAUUGCUCGGAGCGUGGUGCAUUCCCCCAAACGAAGUAAACCUGCUGGAUUCCCGCUCUGUGAUGGGAGACCUGGGAUGGGUGGCCUACCCUAAGAAUGGGUGGGAAGAGAUCGGGGAAGUAGAUGAGAACUAUGCUCCCAUCCACACCUACCAAGUGUGCCGUGUGAUGGAGCAAAACCAGAACAACUGGCUCCACACCAAUUGGAUCCUGACUGAGGGUGCACAGCGGGUAUUUAUUGAGCUUAAGUUCACCCUGAGAGACUGCAACAGCCUGCCAGGGGGGGUUGGGACCUGCAAGGAAACUUUUAAUAUGUAUUACUAUGAAACAGAUGGGGACGAAGAGGAGAUAGAGGAAGGAGAGAUGAGUGAUGGUAUGGGGAUGACAGAAGAGGAAGACAGGGCAAUGAAGGAGAGCAGGUACAUCAAAAUUGAUACCAUAGCAGCUGAUGAGAGCUUCACUGAGCUGGACCUUGGGGACCGUGUGAUGAAGCUUAACACUGAAGUCCGCGAUUUAGGUCCUCUGACCCGGAAAGGCUUCUACUUGGCAUUUCAGGAUUUAGGGGCCUGCAUUGCUUUAGUCUCAGUACGGGUUUUCUACAAACGCUGCCCAUUCUUGGUGAAGAGCUUGGCUGAGUUCCCUGACACAAUCCCAGGCUCAGAAGCCUCGCAGCUGGUAGAGGUAGUGGGCCGCUGUGUCAAUAACUCCCUGCCUUUAUAUGAGCCUCCUCGGAUGCAUUGCAGCACAGAGGGAGAAUGGCUGGUGCCCAUUGGGAAGUGUGUUUGCCAGCCAGGAUUUGAGGAAAUCAACGGAUCUUGUCAAGUCUGCAAAGUGGGAUUUUACCGCUCACUGCUGGAGUCUUUGGCCUGCAGUAAAUGUCCACCUCACAGUGUGGCCAGACAGAUGGGAGCCACAGCUUGCAGCUGUGAAGAUGCAUACUAUAAGCUUGACUCUGACCCUUCUAAUAUGGCCUGCACACGUCCUCCAUCUGCUCCUCGUAAUGCUAUUUCCAAUGUCAAUGAGACCAGUGUCUUCUUAGAGUGGUCCAUUCCUAUGGAUACAGGCGGCAGGAAGGAUGUGCGCUAUAAUGUCAUCUGUAGGCAGGUCCUGCCAGACGGAAGGGGCUUGGAAGAGUGUGGACCUAAUGCACGUUUUCUGCCACGCCGCACUGGCCUGUCAAACACCUCAGUGAUGGUGGCUGACCUGCAGUCACACACCAACUACAGCUUCCUGUUGGAAGCCAUCAACGGAGUGUCAGAGCUAGCCAAAGGCCAUGCAAAGCAAUAUGUGUCACUUAAUGUGACAACCAAUCAGGCAGCUCCGUCCCCAGUGAGUGUGGUGAGGAAAGGUCAUACAGGGAAGAGCAGCAUUGCCCUUUCUUGGGCAGAGCCUGAUCGUCCCAACGGCAUCAUCCUAGAGUACGAGAUCAAGUAUUUUGAGAAGGAACAGGACUCCAGUUACACCAUAAUAAAAUCCAAGGACACUGAAAUGGUGGUGGAAGGCCUGAAGCCCUCUUCAGCGUACAUCUUCCAGGUACGAGCCAGGACCUCAGCAGGCUAUGGUGCAUUUAGCCGACGCUUUGAAUUCCAGACCAGCCCUUACUUAACUGCUACUAGUGAGCGUGCUCAAGCUUCGAUAGUAGCGGUGGCCAUCACGCUGGCUCUGGUCCUGCUGGCAGUUGUUGCUGGAUUCCUGCUCAGCGGACGGCGGUGUGGCUACAGCAAAGCAAAGCAGGAUCCUGAAGAGGAAAAGAUGCACUUCCACAAUGGUCACAUAAAAUUCCCAGGGGUACGUACAUAUAUUGAUCCUCUCACCUAUGAAGAUCCAAACCAGGCAGUGCAUGAAUUUGCCCAGGAGAUUGAUGUCUCAUACAUCUCCAUUGAAAGGAUCAUUGGUGCUGGGGAAUUUGGAGAAGUGUGCAGUGGACCGCUAAGGCUGCCAGGGAAAAGAGAGAUCCAGGUUGCCAUUAAAACCUUGAAAGCAGGCUACACAGAGCAGCAGAGACGUGACUUUCUUUGGGAGGCAUCAAUCAUGGGCCAGUUUAACCACCCAAAUAUCAUCCGUCUAGAGGGUGUGGUUACCAAGAGCAAGCCAGUGAUGAUCAUCACAGAGUACAUGGAGAAUGGAUCAUUGGACACCUUUCUCAAGAAAAAUGAUGGCCAGUUUACUGUAAUCCAGCUGGUUGGUAUGCUGCGUGGCAUCGCAUCUGGCAUGAGAUACCUGUCUGACAUGGGCUAUGUCCACCGUGAUCUAGCGGCUCGUAAUAUCCUGGUCAACAGUAACCUUGUGUGUAAAGUGUCUGAUUUUGGUCUGUCCCGAGUCCUAGAAGAUGAUCCAGAAGCUGCAUAUACCACACGGGGCGGCAAGAUUCCCAUUCGCUGGACGGCUCCAGAAGCGAUUGCAUACAGGAAGUUCACCUCAGCUAGUGAUGUGUGGAGUUAUGGGAUUGUCAUGUGGGAAGUGAUGUCAUACGGCGAAAGGCCCUACUGGGAGAUGUCCAAUCAAGACGUAAUAAAAGCAGUGGAGGAGAGUUAUAGGUUGCCAGGUCCUAUGGACUGUCCUGAGGCCCUGUAUCAUCUUAUGAUGGACUGCUGGCAGCGAGAACGCAGCAACCGUCCCAAGUUUGAUGAGAUUGUUUGCCUGCUAGACAAAUUCAUUCGUAACCCCAGCUCGUUAAAAAAGCUUGUCAACUCCUCACACAGGGUUUCCAACCUGUUAGUGGAGCAUGCCAGUGUAGAGGGGAACUGCAGCACUCGAAGCCAGACUGUAGGAGAGUGGCUCGACUCCAUCAAGAUGGGACGUUACACUGAACUGUUUAUGGAAGGGAUUUGCGAAGAGUAGGAGUGAACUUGGCUGGACAUCAAAAAAAAAUUAUUACUAGCAUUCAGGAGAUGAGGGUCCAUAUGAACAACACCAACUCCACCAUAAACAUAUGAUAUGAAAGGCAACCAUACAGACACAUGCACACUCGUACAUGCACACAAAGACAUAUAAAUACAAUAUGUGGACCUAGUAUGUAAUGGACCUAGAGUGGCUUAGCACUUUCUGUGGACAAGGAUACCCAGUGUUCUACGGAUCUAAACUGGAGGAUCCUCAUUUUGUUGGUUCCUGUGUCUGGAGUUUCCUUUGGCAUCAUUGGGGAUAUUUGAUAUUGCAGCACUAAAACCAAACUGAACUGAACUGAGCGGUGCUACUUGGAGGGAUAAUGAUGGUGAGCUAAAGUGAACUUAAGUGAUGGUUUUUACUUUAAUUAUGGCAAUUAUAUGACUUUGGGGAUCCUCUUGGAACUGUUUGGAUUCUCUCAGAUCAACACCUAAAACACAGAAAGCAGAUCUAACUCUGAGAGCAACCAUAACUUUUUUUGGCUGUAACACAAAUGUGAGUUUAUACACCAGGUCUCGAGGGGAACAUUUUCAACCUGUCUCAGGUGAGCUGAGCCCAGUGGAACUGAAAAAGUCCUUGCUUAUUCUUUGGCAAUUUUCUCCGUCAGGAGUACCGUUCCAUCAGGUGUCACAAUUCCAUUUUCAGGCAGGGCAAACAUAUAAUGAACCAUUAUCAAUAUCAUUAGUUUCAGUAUUGGGUUUGACAUGUUGAUGCGCUUUAGAUUUUUUCCUGUCUCUAGCACAUCUUCAUGUGGAAAACUGAAGCUACAAUUCAACUUAAACAUCUGUAUUCAUAUUCAGUGGCAUAUACUUCAUUAUCUUCCAAAGCAAUGAAAGAAAAUAGUAGAUAAUUCAACCUGUGUUGUUUUAAAAUGCUGAAUUGUAAGAUUGGUUCUCACUGAGCCUAAAAAAAAAAAAAAAGUGAAGUGACAACAUAACAAGAAAUGAGGACUUAGGCUUAAACAUAGCCUCUAGAGCUGUUCUUCUGGCUGAAUGUAUAGCACUGCUAGAAUGUGGCAAUACAACCAUUCUAGUCCUUAAAACCAGCUUCUGAAUGAGGCCACAGAUUGUAUGUUGUUCAGCUGGCUUUCUGCCAUCUUUGCUCUGAUAAUGUAUAAGAAUCUCCACUAAGAUCCUUGCAGUGUCCUAUAGUUACUCCAAAACUAUGCAUAUUUUAAUUGAAAAUCAAUCUAUUAACUGAAAAAUUCACACACAUUUUAGUGAAUUUUUCAGUAAGUUUUUCAGUAAGUUUACUCAGAUUGCAGGAACACUGAAAUUACGUACAAAGCUUCACUUCAAAGUUUAGAAGUUUCUACUGAGAUUCAAGAAAAAUAAUUUAUUAGUCAUGAGUAAAUCUUUCAUCCAGAUUCCAAAUAACCUCUGAGGCAGGUUCUACACCAGAACUGGGCAUUUUAAAUCAACAUCCACCCAAUCCAUCCAUCAUUUCUUCAAAUGACAACUUCACUUCAUGUUUAGAUGUGGUUCCAGUAGAAUACAACUGGAACGUUCGAUCCUGAUGGAACAUUUGUUCUUGUACUAAUGGAACUGCCACUCAGAUUCUCAUGGAAAGGAUCACAUAGAUUCUAACAAGACUGUUUACUGGUAUACUAAUGGAACAUUCACUCAGAUUUUAAGGGAAUUUCUACAAGGAUUCCAAUGCAGCCUUCUGUCAAGAGUGCACUCAGAUCUUCAUUGAGCCUUCACUUAGAACCAACAAACUUCAGGUACCGCAGAAAACCCUCAGCAAUCUGUUCAGUUCACCAUGCCGCAGAGUAUCUCUCACACGCAUGUCUGCAACACCACAAUAAACCUCACUCUAACAGGACUGCUGAAAAUAAGGAGGCAAUAUUCAUCAACUUGAUUAUCCUUUAUUUAUUUCUACUUGUUUAAAAAAAAAAAAAAAAAAAAAAAAAAA